UGCCGCACCUGCGCAGCCAUCUUGUACUUCUAGCGAGGAGCGGACACAGAAAGAAAUCAAAAGGACCAAAUAAACCUGUCAAAACAGAAGAAAAUAGGAAUGUCUUUAAACGUUAUAUAGCCUCAUAACGAUUAGACACCCAAGAAGGACAAGGUUAGGUAAAAAAAAAGACGGUGAAAUAGACAUUCAAGUGCUUCGGAUAUCCAGACCUCAUCUAUCUUUUGCUUGUGAGUGAGAGGAGGAAGGAACAGUCAAAUCGCCGAAAGAAAAACAUCAGUCAAAUCAUGAAUCCAGAAUAUGACUACCUGUUCAAGCUCCUCCUUAUUGGUGACUCCGGUGUGGGAAAGUCCUGUCUUCUGCUCCGCUUUGCUGAUGACACCUACACGGAGAGCUACAUCAGCACCAUCGGUGUAGACUUCAAGAUCCGCACCAUCGAGCUGGACGGCAAGACCAUCAAACUACAGAUUUGGGACACUGCUGGUCAGGAGAGGUUCCGCACCAUCACCUCCAGUUACUACAGGGGCGCCCACGGCAUCAUCGUGGUCUAUGAUGUCACAGAUCAGGAGUCGUACAACAAUGUGAAGCAGUGGCUGCAGGAGAUCGAUCGCUACGCCAGCGAGAACGUCAACAAGCUGCUGGUGGGGAACAAGUGUGACCUCACCACCAAGAAAGUAGUGGACUACACAACAGCCAAGGAAUUUGCUGACUCCCUGGCCAUCCCCUUCCUGGAAACGAGUGCCAAGAACGCCACCAAUGUGGAGCAGGCCUUCAUGACCAUGGCUGCUGAGAUCAAGAAGAGGAUGGGCCCCGGGGCCACAGCUGGAGGGGACAAGCCCAACCUGAAGAUAGACAGCACCCCUGUCAGGCAGUCUGGAGGGGGGUGCUGUUAAACUGGACUCUGUUCUGGAUGCUCUCCUCUUCUUCACCCUCCCUGCUCUGGGCUUCACUUCCUCCACCUCUUAAUCCCUCAGCCUCCCUCCCAUCUCCCGUUCUCUUACUCUUGCCGCGGGAUGGGUGGUUGGAUAGGGAGGGGAGGAGUUGAGGGGUGAGAACUGGGGACUGACUUUAAGACCGUAUCUCCCCACAAAAAAGUAAAGAGAAAAGUUAGGUGGGGGUUAGGCUGAGAACUUUUUUUUCUUUUUUUCCAAGCGAUGAGUCAGGAACGUAAACAGAUAUGAGAAAAGAUUGGUAUUGACUUAGAGGAGAACUGGGUGAUAGAAGAUUAGGUUUUAGAUUCCGGCGAGCGCUUAUCUCUCUCCCUCUCCUGUGUACACACACACACACGCACACACACAGACAGACAGAACAGGGUGCGGAGUGAUUCUCCCAUAGGAAGUCGUCACAGGUGAGGUUCUCUUUCCUUUAGGCUAUGUCUGUCAUUGCUAUCCAAUGGAAGUCCUAUAGCAAAUUCAGUUUAGAGUGCUACAGUAUUCUGUCAUUUAUGUAUUGGACCUGUUUUAUCUCAGACUGCUGGGGUGCCUUGUAGUCAUGGCGACGUGUCACCGUCUUAAGUCUGUUUAUAGGUAUCAAGUGAGCGACGUUUUCAAUCUAGCCUACGGUCUACGUUCCACAUGCAAUAGUAACACUAAUGCACUAUUUAUACCCAUGUAUCCAUCCAUCCAUCCAUUGUAUGAACUGAAUUGGCGUUGGGGCAGACUGAGUCAUCCAUCAUAUUAAUCGAUGAGGAUACGGGUAUCUAGGAUACGGGUAUCUAGGAUACGGGUAUCUUAGAAAUAGAAUGAAUAGACCGGACUCUGAAGGAAGGCAUCAGCAGAGAGGGGAGAGACAUACACUUUGUCUGUGUGGAGAAGAGGGUGCUGGGAAGGAUCGCUCUGACUCCCCGUAGAACCUGAGCUUUAGGUUGAUUCGACACAGAACAGAAGAACUUUUGGUUGAACUUGGAAUCACUCCUUCCCUUCCUCCCUCUACAUGCAGACGGGAGGAUGUAGUGAGAGAGACUCUUGGUUUUUGAGUGCUUUAAUAUACUGUAUGGUGUUAGUUAGCUCACAUCACUCCUCUUGUUAGGAUUUCACAUGUAAAAAAAGACCAAGCAUAAAUAUUUGAGAUCUGCUUAAGUCAUGUUUGUAUGUCUUUUAAGUUGUCAGGACUCUAUAUUACAGUAUGCCCAAGGUGGUUCUUCAACAUAAACAGACAGUGUACACACACACACACAGAGCGGGGCAUGACGUAGUACUAGAUUAGUGACGGGAGUAUGUCGGGGCUUGGGCAAGCGAUAUUCAACUAAUUAACAGGACAUAUGAAACAAGAAAUUGGCAAUAUUCUCUCUUCAUAUUCAUAGAUUAUUGUUCAUAUUAUUUUAUUGUUAUUACAAUGAUUUUAUUAUUUGAUAUUUGUAUUUUCUGUAGUUUUUUUCUAAUCGAAAAAGCUUGUAAAAAUUGCUUGAAAUGUUGUCCAACUUCCUUUAUCGGGUGGGUUGGGAUGUUGUUUGGUCGGGGGAGUUGUCUCUGAAAGCUACUGUUCCCUCCUGUGCCUCACUGGACUCCGAAAGAUACGGACCGCGUGCAUAACCUCUGUAGCAUUUCACACUACAGGUUCUUUACUCCUUGGCCAUGGCCCACUUCUCAGACCGUGUUGCCAUCCACCAUUUGUCAUCACGUGUCCCACAGUGCAUUUAUUUUAUGGUUGUCAUGGUUUCAUGUCAGUUAGUGUGGUCAUUAUGAAGGGUAGCCAUUAUGAAGCGUAGCCAACUCAUUACCCCUCUCUCUAGAUCAGUGUGUGAAUGGUGUUCUUCAAUCUUCAUCAUUGUCAACUGCUAGCUAGUUCCAGAAGCCUCUAUAUAGCUUAAGACAUGGAGUGUGUUUGGCUGAUCAGAAUGUGUGUUAAUGGACCUGGCUGUCCUGACUGAGUCCCCCUUCUACAGGAACCUGUCCUGACUGAGUUCCCCUUCUACAGGAACCUGCCCUGCGCUGUUCCCUUCCCAGUCUGUCCUCAUAGUUCUCAUGGCUGUGUGUGAUUUCUCAGGCAUUCCUAUGGAACUAUGGAACCUAGCAGGAAAGUGGAGAAAACCCUCCAACCCCUGACCUUAACCUACCCCUGACCUUAACCUACCCCUGACCUUAACCUACCCCUGACCCUAACCUACCCCUGACCUUAACCUACCCCUGACCUUAACCUACCCCUGACCUUAACCUACCCCUGACCUUAACCUGACCCUAACCUACCCCUGACCUUAACCAGCGCUAGUUUUGAAUUAAUGUAAUGCACUACAGUAUGGCUAAUACUACUAAUAUGGCCUCUAAGCUUUUUAUGUUCUUGACAACAAAGAAUAUAGGCCUUUGUCGGUUAUUACAACCUCAGUUUGCGAUCUAUUUUUCUGUAGAAGUAGUCAUGGUUUACAACGGGACUGGGAGGAAAAUGGUUGAAAUUGCAGUGACGUACUGUUAGCCAGGACUGGACCCACAGACCUGGCUAACAGUUACAGCACUAUAGUGAGCCUGUUGUGGAAUGGACACCCUUGGUGUUGCCAGUCUGACAUGGUGCAGUAGGCAGUGUGUGACCGUUCUAACCUUCGACCUGUAUGUCUUUAUGACUAUGAGAAGAGCAGACUGGAAGGGUCGUACUCUUAACGACAACUAUGUAAGCAUGUUGCACGGUCAUGUUAUAUGGUCAUUGAGCCUUGUUCAGUUUGGCGUUGAGCAUUCCAUUGGGUUUGAGCAUGUUAUGUCAUCAUGGUCACGUUACGGUCAUCAUGGUUACGGUCAUCAUGGUCACGUUACGGACAUCAUGGUCACGUUAAGGACAUCAUGGUCACGUUAUGGUCAUCAUGGUCACGUUACGGUCAUCAUGGUUACGGUCAUCAUGGUCACGUUACGGCCAUAGAAUAAGUCCUAGAUUCUGGUUCAUUUGGUCGGAGUGAUUUUGACUGUGCUUGAACGUUCAGGGGUAGCAGGGACUGACUGGUUUUGGCAUGCAGACCGGAUAUGAACUCCCAUCGGCCUCUUUAAGCCAAUCAAUAUAUCACAACAAUGUUCUCUGAAUGCCUCCUACUACUCAUCGAUAAAACGGAAACUGGCUUGGACUUUCCCGGUCGGUCUUUGACAGGUAGUUGAAGUUAAGGUGGCACAGCCUCGAUGUAGUAACGUGACGAGCUCCAUGUAGUAACGUUACAUGUAGCUCCAUGUAGUAACGUGAAGUUGCAGCCUCAAACUGAUGUCCAAUGUGUACUGACGAGUUAGUGAGCGCUUACUCUCUGCAGAACACGGCUACCAACCAGUCUAUGGCAUUAAGGUCUAGAAGAGCGACGCGAGGGCUGAGAGCAGGUUUAACAGAAAGCAUCUGUUUGUAGAUGUGAUUCUUUAGGGUAGUAGAUACAGCAGUCGUCUUGGCACUAACGUUAAGGUGUUGUCUUUUUGGUAGAGCCUUUUACAGAUGUGGUUUGGCCAAGCCUGCGACGCGAUGCAAGACUCAACCAGACUGGAUUGUGUGCCAGCUCUCAUUUCAUGCUCAUUAAGUUUGGUAUGAUGAAUUUGAGGAUCUGGUAGGCCUAAGUAAUCGCUGGUAGGAAGGGAGGGAACAGUAGUGUGUGGGGUCGGGGACGGUCUGUGUGCGUGACAUUCCUGCUCCCUGAGCACAGGUAGGCUUUUCUCUCAAAUCUCACAAGUCCUUCUGCGAAUGAAACGAUUGUUUGCAACUCUCCACAGACACACGCACUCUCGGUCACACAGACUCGCUAAAUUGGACGUUUCACGCUAUAACAGUGAUGAUUUGAUUUGUUCUGAAUGUGCUUUUCCUACCAAGAAUUCUUGAUAUUCUACUGAUUUUAAUAUAUUAAUUGAAAAUAUACUGUGGUAAUAUUGUGUCCGGUCCAUUGACGGAUAUGAGGGAGGGGUUUAGGAAAUGAGGGUGGGACAACACGUGGGGGUGGAGUUAGCGGCUGGCUUUGUUUGGGCUCGUACUCAUGAAUGUGAUUAUGAUGGAACUGCUCAAAUCUUUUAUUUUUUUCUGUGUAAUUUGCACACUUCUUUGUGGCUUUCCCAUGGCUUAAUAAUGGAACACGUGUUCUUUAAUAGCGAGCGUCAUGCAGGUCCCCUCCCGAUCCUCAAUUUUUUUCAGUUUUUCGCUUGUCCACAUUGGUGCUCUCUGUCUCACUGCUGAGUUUGAUCAUGAUGUUUUUUUUAUGUACAUAUUAUAAAUAUAUAUAUAUAAUAAAAUGAAUACAAAAGAUCAAUGUCAA